AUGCCCAAGAAAAACAGGAAAAGAUGCAUUUUUCCUCAUUGUAAUUCUAAUUACAAUAAGGAAAAUGAAUUUCAAGUUACUUUUUUCCAACCACCAACAGACUCGUUAGAAAUCUGGAAAAGUAUCAUUGGUAAAUCUCAAUUGACUUGUCGUUCAACUGUCUGUUGUAAACACUUUCACGAAGCUGACAUCAUCAAGGGAAGAAUCGUUCAAAUCGAAGGAUUCUUUCAACAUCGGGCGCUGUCAAUUACACAGACAGUGAAGCACAAGUUACAGAAUGCAAACGUCAAUAAUUUUGAGGAAGUUCGCCAGUUAGUGUCAUACAACAAAUGUUGGGCUGACCAAUUUAAAGAUUGCGAACGAAAGGCUUCAACUAUCAAGGCUUUGCUAAAGGACGAGUUAUUUGAAGAAUUGUCGAUAAGAUAUAACAAAAUAAUAUACGACUUGGCCGGUUAUGUAAUGCACACUCGGGACCAAUUAAUGGUUUGUAAAGAAUGUCAUGCAUCAGCCAUUAGUGAUGAGGAAAAUUUACCGGAUGACUUUAUUGCCAAAGAUUAUACCGCUUUCCUCUCAAGGGGCGGCCUGUGUUUUGUUACUAUUCCCGUUUAUGAAACCAUUCGCGAAGUUGAAAAAGUGGUAUCGUUUCACUUUGAUGAUGACAAUCACUAUUUAGUGCGGGACAGCUAUGAUAUUUGUAUGUCUAAAAUUAAGUUACUAUCCCUCCGUCCAUUCUUCUGUGAUUCCCAUCGGCAAGAGUCAUUCCCAUUUUUCAUUAUGGAAUAUGUAAAUGUAAGAUAUCAUUUGGAGGCAAAACGAUUUAAAGAUAGAAUCCUGUCAAAAGAUGAUAGUAAUGUAAAAACAAAAUUUAAGUUGGCCAAACUCGGUUAG